UUUCAAGGUCAUGUAUGUUUUCCCUUUACGUCACUUUUAAAUUUAGCCUUAAACAGGACUUACUACAAUUUUUCUCAGUUAGGAAUAAACCUGUUGGACGCUGAACAAUUCGCAGAUAUGAAAAGUAUUCUUAAGAAUAGAGGUGUGAAUAUUCAGAGAAGUAGCAGUUUAGAUACAAAACAUCAAACCAAUGAAUCAGUUGACGAAGAAGAUGAAAAUGAUCGAAUUGAAUCUGAAAAAUCUGGAAAAUCCGAAAAGAAACGUGCAUUUAUUCGUGAUGAACAUGGAGUUUGUAGACCUGGUGAAUUAGAUGAAGAUACAAAUAUGAGUAAAAAUCAUGAAUCACGAUCGUCUGUUGUAGAUCGUACUGCUGCAGAACGAAUUUCAUAUCGUUUGGUUCAACAGCGUAGUUUAGAUUUCGGAUUGUAUCGUAAACUGAAUAAUUUCAACAUUGAUUCAAACAACAGUCCUAUUCAAUCUGGUAGUCAAAUUUCAGAGAAUGAUGAUAAUUCUAAUGUAAGUAACAGAUUAAAAAAAGAUAAUAACGAAUACUAUGAUGAUAAUGAUAAUGAUGAUAGCGGUGAUAUUCAACAUGAUGAAUCAUUCCGUAAUAUAGAUUUGGAACAUGAAGAAGAAGAAGAAGAAGAAGAUAAUAGUACUAUUCAAAAUGAUGAAUUCUACACAAAUCCUAAAAUUAAAGAACUUGGCAAAGAAUUCACAUUAAAAGAUAUUUUAGGUCAUCGUGUACCAGAACUAGAAAUUGACAUUAUAAAAGAUGAUGAAGAGAUGGGACAGAAUGAAUAAAAAAGAAAAUUAAUCCACGCACCCACCUACCUAUGCACACGCACACACACAGUCAUCAAAUAAAUAGUAUGACAUUAUCCAAAAUGAAAAAUGCAUUUCCAUAGAAAAAACAAACAAACAUUUUAAACCCCAUUUAAACUAUUUAUUUCUAAAGUCAACGCAUUUACAUUGUUGAAUUUUGUUGUUCACUGUUUUCUUUUCUUUUUUUUCUUCAUUUAACAUGUACAUUCACAAACUCAUAAUUCCUCUUCGAUGAUAAAUUUUUCAUAGAGGUCCAACCUUUAUCAUUUAAAAAUACCACAGACAGAAAGAGAGAGAGAGGG